AUGUCUGAUCGGACUCUCUAUAUCCAAUCAAACUUCUCCUCAGUUCCUUAGGAGGGCAGAGCAGCAGCAGCAGUGCCUCCCACCACUCCUACACCUGGUCACUACCAUGUCCUCUACCAAUGGUGUGGAGAAACGCAGGUGGGCUGGCAUGGGGAGACAUACUGCCUGGUUGGUGGCUACCGGGUCUAUGGGGAUGCUCCUGUGGCCAUCCCAGCAAAGGCUGAAGCAGAGAAGCCAGCCCCCAGAUGGGUUCCCAAGAGACGUCAAGCUCUGGCUGAGUCAGAUGAAGCCCAGUGCGCCACGGGGUCGGCCCAAAGCCCAGGUUGCUUUAGCCCCAAAUUUUGGUGCUUGCAGCAUGGUGGCAGCAGGCUGACCCCGCAGAAGCUUGCUGGCUGAGCCACUCUGUACAGAGGACAGAUGUUUAAGUGCCUAAGACAGCCAAUGCCUCUUCUGCAGUGACCUCCACUGCCCACCACUGGAAAUAGAAUCUGAGCCAUUCUGCCUGAGCCAUCCUCAGCCUGGAGCCCCCUUCCA